AUGGCUUUGACGUGUCCGCAACUGUGGCAACGAGGCUGCUUUGAAGCUGCAGGCUGUCUUGCGGGUCAACCCACGAAGGAGCAAGUCCAGGUGAAGGUGGAGAAGAAAGACCAGCUUAAGGUGCUAUUGGGCACAGAAAUAUGGGAAAUCGAAUCCGAGUCAGACGUAGAGCUGCUUGACAUUGCAACGGCGGCUCCGCCGUAUGAUUUCAGCCAGCAGUGGUGGAACACGUUUCACGCUUGCCGAAGCCACGAGAAGUUCGAGCAGUACAGGGCCAUGAUGAAGGACCAGGGUGUGGAAGUCUUUACAUAUAUCGACAAAGUCGUUGCGGACAAAGCAUCAUUCAUGAAGUGGGUGCAUGAGACUGAGAAGAUGGAAGCAGCGAGCAGCACGGCAUCGCAGCAGAUGCUGGGCCACCCGCUGUUCCAGUCUUUCUGCUCUGAGGUCGGUGUUGCUUCCCAUCAGUGGGGACAGGAAGGCGCCGACUUGACCACGGAGGUCAGCCUGUUUCAGGAGUGGGUCGCAGCCAAGGAGCUUGUGAAUGCAGGCGUUGUGCCGCCUCCACCCGCUGAUGUAAGCAUGGAUACCAUGGAGACACAGGUCAUGUCGCAUACGCUAUCCUGGGGAAGAUUUCUGAUUGAGGUUGUUCCAAGUAUGUCACCGCCUCCGCCGCCGGAAGAUUAUGCGACGGAAGCAGAU